AGCCCCAGGCUCUGGAAAGUUAGGGUUGCAGAUAGGGUGCCCUUUGGUCUGCAUAUGUUAGAGCACAUGCUUUGGUGGGAGGAACUCAGAAUCAGCUCUAACGUAUUGUCACUGAGAAUAGCUAUGGUCACCAGGAAGGAUAGGCGUGGCCCCCAGAGAACAGCAGUCUAAGGGCCACACAGCUAUGAGGAGUCUUAACAAAUACUUGUGGAUUACUGACUACUCAGGCAGAGGUCUGAGGCCACAACUGGAUGUGGAUUGCAAGUUGGGGCUGUCACUAGGAGGCCCCUUAGGUAAAGGGCUUGGAGGCUGGGUAGAAGCAGCCUCUGGGGGAGACAGGUGACAUGAGAAGGAGCGGUCGAGUGGCAGAGGGUCCUACUAAGAAUAUUCUAAUCUGGAAGAGGGGAUACAACAGUCAAACACACAAACCAGUGGGCCACUAGUCUCUAGGGGCGAGUGGCAUACAGCAGUGUUUGUAGUGUCCAGAUUGUGGUCUGAGAUCUGUCUCCCCACAAAAGAAAUGGGCUUCUUGGAGAGUGGCUAAAAAAAAAAAAAUACAUGUGUGUGUGAAAUGGGCCUGAAAUGUCAUGCCACAGCAGAGAGCAAAGAAGCUUUCCCAGACUCCUGGGAUCAUGACAGACUGACUCAGGACCCCACCGGAAGAGGCCCCCGUGUGAGGUGUGGAGUUCCAGCUCUGUCCCACAGGCAGAGAUUCACAUCACCCCGGCUCCUGGAAACAUUGAGUCACAUCCACACCUGUUACAGAAAGUGCCCUGGGUGCAGGAAUGGAUUCCUUCUCCAGAGGUGCCCAUGGUAACUGGUGUGCAGGCAAGUGAAGAUCCAGUCUCUCCCUCAAUGUAGGACAAGUUGGAAGGGACGCUUGUGGGACCCUCUGGGACCUCAGUGCCACUGCUUUGUGGCUCAGCUCCUCCCUCGCACACAGUGCCCUCUCCGAGUCGGAGUAGUCCUGGGAACCCCACUAAGACACUGCCUGGCAAGAGCUGGGACAACCCCGGCUUCAGGAAGUGUCUCAGUGAUGUGCUGUGCAGCAAGUCACCCAAGGUCAGGGCCAAAAUCAACCCAGGCUGUUGUGCUUGAGCCGCCUUCUUACUCCAGGAUUCUUAUUUGCAAAUCCACUGCCUAGCUGAAAUUUCUUUUAAUCUCUAGUCAGUAGAGUGCUUUUGUGGUCAUUUGUGGACAUGCCCAGGGCAGGAGAAAAUUUAAAUUCUUUGUUCCUAGUGAGCUUGAGCCAUGAGGUGUUUUGUUUGCCUUUCUCAACUCAUAUCACGAACAAGUGUCUUUUUCUGUCAUUUCCUGCAUAGCAGUUUUUACAUUUUUGUACUUUCUGGGUCCUUCCCUGGUUAGAAGGCUCCCAAGCAUCCUGCUGUAAUGCUGCUUGGUAUUGCUAGGCACCAAAAGGCUGGGAUGUAUCUCAUGCAGGAAGUAGGUGUGUUAGGUCAGGUUUGCUCAGGUUUGUGUAUGGUGAUGUGAGCCACGAGUGCAAUGAAUCAAGAGGUUGCGCUCAAUGAGGAAAGCACACAGAGCACGGUCCUGUGUUGAUUGGUGAGAAUGUCGAUAGCAGACGCUCACAGGCACCGCGCUGUGUUUCCCCUAGGAGCAGUGGCUCCAUUAUGUGCAAGGUUGGCCCUUGUGAUGCGUUUGUAAAACAUAACUCCUGUGCUGGAGAGAUUCAUCUGUUUUUCUCACCAUUUUGUUGGUUAUUUGGGCGGCUCUGAUGGUUUGGUCUGAGCUCAUUCCCAUGGCUGCAUUAGCUGGUAGCUGCUCCAGUGCCAUGGUGAACCACGAAGGCCUUGCUCACCUGUGAGUGGUGAUGUGGGAGUAUUGUUAGGGGUGCCUCAUUUUCCUCGGAGGACCUCUGAGUCUGCAGUGGGCUAGAGCUGGUGGACUCAGGUCUCAGGUGGUCCAAGGGCGUGGAAACAGAAGCGACAGUGCCUCUUACCGCUGAGUUCGGAGUUUGUACCACCUUCCUUCUGCCACAUUGUGAGGACAAGUCACAAGGCCAGCUCCUAUUUCCCGAGGGUGGGAAUGGAGAUGCAAAAUAUUGUGGUCAGAUUUUCUAAUAUACCAUAGUAAGUGAAUAAUUGCCGUGCAUUGAAACAUAUUAAAAUGCGUGAUCUUUAUAAAACAUUUUCUAGUGUAUCAGGGAGAGAAGUGAUAGAAUUAUGGGGUCACUAUUUUCAGUUCCCAGUGAAUUUGUGGAUCUAGGCCAACAUGAUCAAAAAAACCAGCAACUCCCUCAUAUGAAAACAUCCAGGCAUCGCUGAGUCCCUACUUCAAGUGAAAGACCCAGAAGCAGUUCCAGACUCCUGACCUCAGCCUAUGUCAGACCUGGCUGUCGCGGGCAUUUGUGCAGUGAUCCAGCAGAUAGAAGACCUCUCUCUGCCUUUCUAAUAAGAAUGAAUGUAAAUACGUAAAAAUGUAAAAAGGAUAUGCUAAAUACAAAACGGUGUGCAGGACUAAAGUGUCCAUUCCUGAGAAGUGGUUUUGUGUGAUAACACCACAAAGACACACAAGCAAGUAACUGUAUAAAUGUGAUAUUGAUGAUUUCACUUGAGGAUACAGAGGCUUGUGGAUAGAAUGAUUUCCAUUUCUUGGCGCAAGAAUUGUCUCUUUAUAAUGUUUAAGGUAUAAAUUUGUUUUAUGUGGAUUUAUGCAUCAGUUUUAUUUUACCAGAAAAAAAAAAGUAGAACUAUUAAUGAAAUUGGUGUGUGAGGCUUCCCGGGGGCGGGGUAAUCUUUUCACUGAAGCGCAUGAGAUUAAUCACGUAUUCGGAGUCCCAUCCUUUACAGCUGGUUAUGGAAUUCUGGGGAAGCAGCUUUCCCAUGACCCCUGACCCCGCGUUCCCUCCAACGCGAGCGCAAGGGCGCGCGCCGCCGCUAGGGGGCGCAAAGGAGGCUGUGGCGGUGCCCAUGGCGUCCCUAGAGGGUCCCCGCGGGGGCUUCUUCCUGGGCCUCCUGCUGUGGCUCCAGCUGGCUCAGCCCGUGCUCAGUGUGGGUUACCGAAACAACGAGGCUUCUGGGGUGACCGUGCUGAGCUCAGAGUCCCCGGGACCCCUGGCACCACGGAAAUCUGUGAGGAUCCCGGAAGUCACUGCACCUCCGGGGUCUCCAGCGCCAGCUGGGCCUGCGGGACUCCGGGUCAGGUCAGCACCCACAGGACGACAAGACUUGUGGCAUUCUGGGGCCACUCGGCCUGCGUGGCUGUUUCCUCUAGUGUGCGGCAAUAGAACCAUGAGAGUAGUUGGUGGAGCGCCGGCCAUGGAGGGAACUUGGCCUUGGCAGGUGAGCCUGAGGAUAAAUGAUGCCCACGUAUGCGGAGGCUCCCUCAUCUCCAGCCGGGUGGUCCUGACUGCCGCGCACUGCAUAGCUACCCAUCAGCGAUAUACAGUGAAGCUGGGAACCUCGAAAUUGUAUACGGAGGACCCAAAGGCUGUGGUGGUGCCUGUUCGUCACAUUGUAGUCCACCAGGAUUUCAAUGGUCGCUAUUUCAUUAAUGACAUUGCACUUGCUGUGCUGGCCUACUCCGUGAAUUUCUCUUCGUACAUCCAGCCUGUGUGCUUAGCAGAGAAGCUGAUGGAAGUGAAAGCUGGGACCCCAUGCUGGGUCACGGGAUGGGGCCGAACAAUAGGAAUAAGGUCAUCACCAAAACCCAAUGACCUUCAAGAGUCGCCACAAGACAUUGUUGACGAUGACGACUGCAAGGAGAAAAUCGAGAAAGCUGUGGGAUGCUACGGAUUUGGUGUGACGAAAGGGAUGAUCUGUGGCUUCCGACUGGGCAAAAGUCCGUGCUGGGGUGAUUCUGGGGGUGCUCUUGCCUGUGAAUUCAACGAGACGUGGAUUCAGGUGGGAAUUGUGAGCUGGAUAGUAGACUGCGGUGACACUCCCCUUCCUGCAAUGUACACCAGGGUUAGUGAGUACAGGGACUGGGUGGACACCAUCUUAGGUCAGGCUCCGUGCGUGCAUUCCGUGGGCGUCUGCCUAGUGCUCCUGGGCCUGGUGCUGCUGCUGGCCGUGCCGGUGACCCGGUGACCUCCUCUGCCCACUCCCUCCUGCUUCCCAGCCCCCACUUCCGUGUCCCCCAGCCCCCAGCAUCCUCCCCUUCCUUCUCGGUGUCCUUGCCUCA